UAGUCUGGCGCCUUCGGCUAGUGGCGGAGUCUGAAGAUGGCGAGUGUGGGGCUCGGCUGCUCCUGGAAUGCCGGAGCGUCCGUGGCGACCGAGGAUCCGCUUUACGCUUCAAUCGAAGACAGUCGGCAGGAGGAUGACGAGUUGGCCGUGCCCCGCUGGGGCCCUCAGCAUCCCGGAGCCAAAGAGCUGGCACAGUUGUACUCUCCCAUGAAACGGUUUCAGGAAUGGUUGUGUGUUAUUUUGAACAUCGUUCUCAUGAACUGCAACUUGUAUCAUCUGAUCAUAAACUUCACUUGGGAUCAUAUUCAUCUGAUUCUUAUUGGAAUUAUUGCAGGGAUGGUUACUGCUGACUUUGCUUCAGGAUUGGUCCACUGGGGAGCAGACACCUGGGGUUCUGUUGAUCUUCCUAUACUUGGCAAGGCUUUCAUUAGACCAUUCAGAGAACAUCAUAUUGACCCCACUGCUAUAACAAGACAUGAUUUUGUAGAAACAAAUGGUGAUAACUGCAUGCUUACUGUGAUUCCUCUGGCCCAUAUGGCAUACAAGUUUCUUACUCUGUCUCCAGAGGGCAUCUAUGCUAUUUAUCCUUGGGAGUGCUAUAUCUUUUCUCUUGGAUUGUUUGUGACACUGACAAACCAAAUUCACAAGUGGUCUCAUACGUAUUUUGGAUUGCCUUCAUGGGUCUGCUUUCUUCAAGACUGGCAUGUAAUUCUACCACGAAAACAUCAUCGCAUUCAUCAUGUAUCUCCACAUGAAACCUACUUCUGUAUUACCACAGCUGUAACAGUUCCACGUAAUUUUCGCCUUUUGGAAGAACUAGAAGAUGGCCAGAAGGGAGCAAGUGAUGGGACAGUAAGUUGGGGGCUUGAAGAUGAUGAAGAUAUGACACUUACGAGGUGGACAGGGAUGAUUGUUGGACCUGCCAGAACAAUUUAUGAAAACCGAAUAUACAGCCUUAAAAUAGACUGUGGACCUAGAUAUCCAGAGGUAGCUCCGCAUGUUAGAUUUGUAACAAAAAUAAAUAUGAAUGGAGUAAAUAGUUCCAAUGGAACGGUGGAUCCAAAAAGCAUAUCAGUUUUAGGUAAAUGGCAGAAUUCAUAUAGUAUCAAAGUUAUUCUGACGGAGCUUCGGCGUCAAAUGAUGUGUAAAGAAAACGGAAAACUUGCUCAGCCCCCAGAAGGACAAAGUUACAGCAAUUAAUCCGGAAUCGUUCCUCCCUCAAUUCAAGCUUACUUCAUUUUCCACCGUACCGUAGUAAUUUUUUUUUCUAGGCGCAUCUUGUAGAUCUCAAAGUACUGGAAAAAGAAUAAUUCCCAUUAAAAAGCAAUUAAUCUUAAUACUGUAAAUGUAAGCCAAUACUAAUUGUUUUUGUUGGACAAAAGUUGUAUGAUAACACGAAUAAUCUUGCGCGUAACCACUGUCUACACAAUAGAAUCUUUGUUGUCAGGAAUUAUCUAUGAAAUUAGUACUGUUGAGACCCGUGUGGCACAUUUAGCUAAAGCUGUGAAUAUGCACAUCACACAGACACUUGCUGCAGGUUUGCCCUUUAAAUUAUUGUCCCUUUGCAAUAGUAUUAAAGCUCAGGGCUAUUUAUUAGAGUCCAAACACAAAGGUUGAAAUGAUCAGUGCAGUGCUGUUUUCUGGUCUCCAUCUGUCAAUGGGAUUUAUCUUACUUUCAGAGCCAACUUUUCCUUUGUGCUGUCUCUAGUAAAUGCUGAACACGGCUGAUGUAUUUUGGACCACUAACCUUAGUUUGCUGUAUUGUGGAUGCAAGCUACGUGUAUAACUAUUUGGUGCGUCCAGAAAUUUUUUGACAUUCAUAUUUGUACAAAGCCACAUUUUAAAGCAGCGAUAUUACAACACUUAAAACAGCCAUUGUUUCCAUUAAAAGCAUAUUUUGUUGAAAAAUGUUUAAGAUAUUAGAUGUAUGGAUAUAACAGUCUCAGAAAUUAAAGAAUUUAACAUAACUUAAUGGUAUUCUAUUGAUAGCCUUUUAUUGUGUCAACCUAAUUUUGAAAUAUUAAAAUUGUGAAGUGAGGGUAAUACAUGGAUUAUAUUUAAGCUAAAUUGUAAAUGCAUUAACUUUGAUUGAAUUAGAAGUACAAGGGCAUAUAAAAUGGAAGACAAAAACAUCUUAAGUUCAUCAUUAAGCUUUGACUUGUACUUUUUAGUGGACUGAAUAUUAGUGUCUUGUACCGCACUUAAGACAAUUGUAAUUGAAAUAAGGCAUUUAAAAUAUAUAUUUGGAUACGUUUGGC